GUUUCUCAGGAAUGAGUGACUGUGUCCCUGCUGCUUGAGAAGUCCCCUGUAUACAGUAUCUGCAGCUACUGCCAUAGGAAGAAUUCAUCUACCUCUUCAAAAGAGAAAUCUCACUGGAUGGCUGAGCAACAGGGGCAAAAAAGCAACCAGAGCAGCAGUAUGGGACCAGGGGAAACCACAGAGAACCUGCUACCAAACAAGCAGUGCCUGAAUCAUUGCAAAUCACUGUCCAGAAGAUCUGUCCAGAAGGCAAACAAAUGUAUUCAGGUUGACCUGGACUUAGAAGAGGAGAACCCCAGUGCAGACUUAAGACUUUCUCCAACAACCUGCCUUUCUAAGAAGCCUCAGCAAUGUCUAGGGAACCCAUCACCAUCCCAGCAAGGUAUUUCCUCAUCCUCCCAAGGACAGCCUGCCAUGCCAGCUCUGCUACCAUUGCUGCCACCCCCUCCAUCCCUUCCUCCUGGGCAUAAGGUGCCUCUCCCACCCCUUCCUGUGCCUGGCAUGUAUGCCUCAUCGCUCCCACCGCCUCCACCGUGUGGUAAUCCUGUGUGCAACCAUCUCACCUGUGGAUAUGGAGGGCAGCCCCACCCCAAGAAGACACCAACAUUGAGGAUGAAGGUGCUUCACUGGCAGAAGCUCCCCUCUGAUGUGGUGAGACAAAGCCGUUCCAUGUGGGCUGUGGUACCACGUGGCAGCAAGGAGCUCAUAGAGCCUGACUACGCAAGCUUGGAGAUGCUUUUCUGUGUCCCACCAACGCCACCAAAGGAGAAAACAAGGCCAAAAAAGAAUUCAAAAGAGAUCACAUUCAUAGGUCCAAAGAAAAGUCUCCUUCUGAGUAUAUUUCUGAAGCAAUUUAAGUGCUCCAAUGAAGAGAUUGCUGACAUGAUUCAUAAAGGGGAUAGAUCCCAGUUUGAUGCUGAGAUACUGAAACAGCUACUUAAACUGCUGCCUGAAGGCCAUGAGAUAAGCAGCCUGAAGUCUUGCAAAGAAGAAAGAUCAGAACUAGCAAAUGCAGACCAGUUUUACCUCCAUCUCUUGGAAGUUCCUAGCUACCAGUUGCGGAUUGAAUGUAUGCUGAUUUGUGAGGAAACAAAAUUUCUGCUGGAGUGUCUGUGGCCAAAAGCAAAAGCCAUCAGGACAGCCUGUGAAACACUUCUUACUAGUCAGCAACUGCCAGUUUUCUGUCAAUUGAUUCUUAAAGUCGGAAACUUUCUCAACUAUGGGCAUCACACUGGAGAUGCUGGAGGUUUUAAAAUCAGUGCCUUGCUCAGACUAACAGAAACAAAAGCAAACAAAAGCCACGUUACUCUGCUCCACCAUAUUUUGGAGGAGGUUGAAAAAAACCAUGCAGACCUGCUGCAGCUUCCCAGAGAUCUUGACUUUGUUUCCAAGGCAGCAGGGUUUCACUUUGAUGCUAUGCGGGCUGAGGCAAGUGCCAAUUUGAAGAAACUGUUGGAAAUAGAGAAGCGUUUAUUUCUGUCGACGGAGGAUUUAAAAAUACAGCACGCAAAAUCUGUUCAAAGCAGCAUCAGUGCUUCAAAAGACCUGCAGGAGGAGUUUGCCAGCAUUGAAAAGAAGAAGGAAGAACUUGCUGAUUACCUUUGUGAAGACCGAAAAAAGUUGUCCUUGGAAGAUGUAUUUAACACAAUGAAAACCUUCAGGGAGCUCUUCCUCAAGGCUUUACAGCUGGGCUACCAAAACCCUGGCUCAGGAGUAAAUGAAAGUAACUGCUUAUUUGCUCGCAGUCUACAGCAAGAAAUGAUCAUGUGGGAAAAUCAACAAAGGAAGGAGCAAGCUGCAAAGUCUGAGAAAAGGAAGAAACAUCUUAAAGGAGAAGACGUGAAGAGGCUAAAAAGAGAGGAUGGAAAGAGCAGUAUAUUUAACAAAAAAUAAUUCUGGUUUUAUCAGCCACUCAAGUUAACUAGAAGCAAAUGAUCUGUUUAGCUACGGAUGAUCUAAUAGAAUAAGUGGGAUUUAGCCAUGGUUGGUGUCCUUGUCAAGCAGAUAGUAUAGUAAAACAUCAAUUUUCAAGUACAUGUGAAUGGUCAGAAAAAAUCACAAUAGGGAUGUCAGAAAAAUUAUCACUCCCAAUGAGGAAGUUACUACCAUUUUACUUAGAGGUGAGUAAUAGCCAGGUAUUGCUCUGAAGAUUUGUUUGAAGGCUUUUAGGGAAUAUAGAGAGGUUGCACAUUCUUGAACUUCAAGCUGUACAGUGUCACUGUGGUAGGCAAGCUCUGUCAGAUAUUAUUGUUACCACGGCCUCUGCAUUUUUCUGAUUAGAGUUCUGAUUCCUUAAAAUGGUUACAUGUGCUCUUUAAUGAGUGUCUAUGAAUUGCUGAAAAAUAGCAGAUUGACUUAACUGCAGAAAAAUAUUUGCUGUGCAGAGCUGAGCUGGGUGUGAAGCAUUUCUGGUAUUAAUAUUAGCGUAUGUAUAUUUUAAAACUAUAUUUUGGCAAAUACCUGAUAUUCAGUUUUCUUGAAGAUCUCUGCAGAUAACAUUUGGUUGUGAUUCUUGAUUCUUCGGAGUACUACUGCAAAAAUGGCAUUAGUAAAUCUGAGUUGGGAUCAUGUAAAUAUUACCUUGGAUGCUCACCCCUUAGAAAACUGUUUUUCAUUGUAUCUCUUGUCUAAAUAAAUGGCCUUCUUUUAGCUCCUUUUUUCAAAAUUACUCAUCUUUAGAAAUGUAUUUUAAAAUACAUAUAAAUAUAUUGAAAACUCACCAAAGCAAUAUUUUCCAUAUUGUCUUGACAAGCUGUACUGCAAAUAUGUUUUACCUACUUUGCAUACUUGAUGUAAAGCUGCAAAUUCAAACAAUAAACCUUUUUGCUGUAAAU